AUGGCCAAAAUCUCCAGAAAUGCCACCAGUUCCUUCAUUCUCCUCUUCAGCACUAUUCUAAUCUCAAUGACCCUUGCUACAGCAAAAUCUGACAGUUUCUCAAGAAACUUAUCUCCCAAAAACCUAGGCCUCAAGCGAGAGAAACUAAGCCACCUCCAGUUCUACUUCCAUGACAUAGUCAGUGGAAGAAACCCCACUGCUGUUCCAGUUGCCCGUGCAGCCAUGACUAAGAAUUCUUUCUCAUCGUUUGGACUGGUUACAAUGAUGGAUGAUCCUUUGACCGUAACGCCCGAGAUCAGCUCAAAGCUUGUAGGAAGAGCACAGGGAAUAUAUGCAUCAGCAUCACAAAGUGAACUUAGUUUUUUGAUGGCAUUAAAUUUUGUUUUCUCAGAAGGGAAGUAUAAUGGCAGCACCCUUAGCAUUCUGGGGCGAAACAGUGUGUUUUCCGGAGUUAGAGAGAUGCCUAUUGUUGGUGGGAGUGGGCUUUUCAGGUUUGCAAGAGGCUAUGCUCAGGCAAAGACUCAUGAGAUUGACCUCAAAACUGGUGAUGCUAUUGUGGAGUACAACGUUUAUGUCUUCCAUUAUUGA